UCAGCAUUGGAUCAUGGACAAGGUCAGGAGAAUGUGGUCACACGGAGGUAGGGACACGGCUCCAUACUGGAUCACGGACAGGGUCAGAAGAAUGUGGUCACACGGAGAUAGGGACACGGCUCCAUACUGGAUCACGGACAGGGUCAGGAGAAUGUGGUCACACGGAGAUAGGGACACGGCUCCAUACUGGAUCAUGGACAGGGUCAGGAGACUGUGGUCACACGGAGAUAGGGACACGGCUCCAUACUGGAUCAUGGACAGGGUCAGGAGACUGUGGUCACACGGAGAUAGGGACACGGCUCCAUACUGGAUCAUGGACAGGGUCAGGAGAAUGUGGGCACACGGAGGUAGGGACACGGCUCCGAAUUGGGUCAUGGACAGGGUCAGGAGAAUAUGGUCACACGGAGGUAGGGACAUGGCUCCGAAUUGGGUCAUGGACAGGGUCAGGAUAAUGUGGUCACACGGAGAUAGGGACACGGCUCCGAACUAGAUCAUGGACAGGGUCCGGCGAAUGUGGUCGCACCGAGGUAGUGACACUGCUCCGAAUUGGGUCCUGGACAGGGUCAGGAGAAUGUGGUCAAACGGAGGUAGGGACACUGCUCCGAAUUGGGUCAUGGACAGGGUCAGGAGAAUGUGGUCACACGGAGGUAGGGACACGGCUCCGAAUUGGGUCAUGGACAGGGUCAGGAGAACGUGGUCACACGGAGGUAGGGACACUGCUCCGAAUUGGGUCCUGGACAGGGUCAGGAGAACGUGGUCACACGGAGGUAGGGACACGGCUCCGAAUUGGGUCAUGGACAGGGUCAGGAGAACGUGGUCACACGGAGGUAGGGACACGGCUCCGAAUUGGGUCAU